UUGUUUUUCUCUGUGAACUUAUUUGCCCAUUCAACUUUAAGUUUGGUGUCAUCUUCUUGUAACAUGUAUCUUAUUCUUGCUGUGCUUUUUCCAGUGUGGAUGAUCAUUGCUCAAAUAGGCUUCAAGAGUUGAUGGUACUUUCACCUUUCUCCUGAAAUCCUUCUUGGCCGACUUGAGCAGCAAGAAAAAUUCUCAAAGGAUGGAAAUGCCAUCCACUCAAUGGUGGUCAGAUCUGACGAUGGAUGAUCCGCUGCAAGUAAUGCAGAACAACAGCAAUGUAUACGAGCCAACUGCAGAGCAGCUUGCGGCUCUAAUGGGAUACCAGAACAAUAAUAAUAACUUGGAUCUGGACACUCUUUCCUAUCCUAGCAAUAAUACAAAGCUUUCGCAGGUGGGAGUUCGGACAAGGCCGUGUGAAAGUGGUUCUUAUUACGAGAGGCCUACGAAACAGAUAAAAACAAUCAACUGGGAUUCCAGUUCAUCUCGUGGGCAUGGGCAGCCACAGUUUUCAGGCAAGGUUUCCACAGCUCCCUCUGUUUACGUAUCCAAUUGCCAACAGAUUAAUUCUCCGCUGGAGAAUUACAUAAGAAACCUGUUGAAGCUCAAGGACAAAUCUGACUGCACUAAUGUUAAUGCGGCCCCAAACACGCCCACCAUUAAUGGCGAAAUCCCUGUGGAAAGCUGCAUCUCAAACAUUUCUAAUUCUGUGGACACAAGUGCCCUUAACAUUUCGUCUGCCCCAGCCAAGAUGUUUAGGCAGAAUCAGGGAAACAAGCCACACUCCAAUGUGAUAAAGCAAGUAACGAGUCAUACUCAGGAUCACAUCCUGGCUGAGAGGAAGCGGCGGGAAAAGCUUAGCCAGAGAUUCAUCGCUCUCUCUGCCAUUGUUCCUGGCCUCAAGAAGAUGGAUAAGGCCUCUGUUCUGGGGGAUGCCAUAAAGUAUGUGAAGCAGUUGCAGGAGAAGGUGAAGGUAAUGGAGGAACAGGGUCCUAAGAAAACUGUGCAGUCCGUGGUGUAUGUGAAGAAGGUGGAGCUGGUUUCGAAUCCCGAGGACGACAAACUUUCUUCAGCUUCCUCUUCUAAUUCUCCCUCUGCUGUGGAAAAUGGUCCAGAAGGGGUGUUUACACCAGAAAUCGAGGCUCGACAAGUGAACAAAAACAUUCUAAUUCGAAUCCAUUGCGAGAAGAGAAAAGGACUGCUGGUAAAGUCCCUUGCAGAGCUUGAAAGGCUUGAUCUCACUGUCAUGAAUGCCAGUAUUCUAUCUUUCACAGAGACAACCCUCGACUUAACUUUUACUGUUCAGAUGGAAGAAGCGUGUGAUUUGAGUGUGACAGAAAUAGUGAAGGCUUUAAAGGCUCUCUUCAAUAACAUGGCCUAGAAAUGUAACUGUGGUCAUUAAAUGAAGCAACAAUAAAACCUCUAGUGUCUGAUGUAUGCAGACAGGACUGAAGAAUAAUUUUCUUGUAUAAGUUUAGCGUGAAAUCUUUUUAUCAGAGUCAUGUCAUUCAUGUACAAAAUUGCUUGCAGCAGCCGUUUGUUUCAGAGGGAAUUUUUUUCUAAGGCAUUCAUAGCCUUGUUCCAUCCCUUUAUUUUUGGUAAUGCUGUUCGCAUUAUUGGCUUUUUUUAAGGAUAUAAUAUCCUUUUCUUUUUACUCAUUUAACGUGGCUCAAAAUGUAAUGACAUUAUAAAUCUGGUUAGAUCAUGAUUA